GAAAAACAUCUGGACGUCUCUGUCUUUCUCAGCUCACACAGAGGCAGAACAUGUAGACCCGACGACUACAAUAAGCGGGUUUCUUCCACAAAAGAUGGCUCGGUGCUGGACACUUUGGACGGCGAUCCUGGUCCUGGUGACAGCCGGUGCUGUCCACUCUCUGGGGGCCGACAUCUUGUGCAAGUGGUGCGACGUGUCCACGCCUAAGUGCAAAGACGACAUUUGUUUCAGUAACUGCGACCUGACCUCGUUCUGCUCCUCCAAUGUGGAAGUCUGCAUUUCUAUUUGGAGGAAGCAAAACGACUCACAGACAGUGCAAACGAUGUGCCACAACCCAGAGUUGCCCCUGGAUGGUGUUGAUCCGCUGUUGUUGCUGAAUUUCACCUCCAGGGAGUGUCAUAUGGUCCCACAACCUGCAGUGGACGGUGACAUGAUGGUCUGUGGAUGCCAAGGCCAAGCGGAAUGUAAUGACAAGCUCAUCUUUAGCAAAGGAUUUGAUGGUCUCUCAAAGUUGCAAAGUCAAGAUGUGAUCGCAGUGGUCGUGAUCAGUUUGGUACCCCUUGUCCUGGUGGUCAUCGUGGCCACUGCUGCCUUCUAUUCCUAUCGGAUACGGCGCCCUGAUUGGCCCGCCAAGCACACUCCAGAGCUCUAUCAGGCUUUGGAUGUGCCGCAUGACGGACCAGCACCGAGCGAUGAAGAUGGAGGGAAGAACCUGCUGGCUCUUGAGAUUGAACAGGAGGAUUUUCAUAACAAAGAACUAAGUCUGAGCAAUGGCACUGUCAGUUACAGGUCAGACUGGCAGCUGGGUAAACUCCUGCCCGUCAAGCUGGAUCAACUGGUGGGGAAGGGACGCUUUGCUGAGGUGUGGAGGGCACGACUGCUGCACAGCAAAAAACAGGAAGCUAACGGCUAUGAAACAGUGGCGGUAAAGGUGUUCCCGAGUAAGGAGUACGCCUCUUGGAGAAACGAAUGCUCCAUCUUCUCUGAUGCCACGCUGCAACACGACAACUUAGUUCAGUUCCUGGCAGCUGAAGAGAUGGGCCCACCGGGCAGCAUUCAUCAAACCUACUGGUUGGUCAUGGCCUACUACAGCCUCGGAAAUCUGCAGGACUUCCUGACAGCUAAUAUAAUGAGCUGGGAGGAGCUAGUCGCCAUGGCAGCUAGCAUUGCCAAAGGAUUAGCGCACCUCCACAGUGACACAACAACCAGUGGGGUACCGAAGGUACCGGUCGCCCAUCGAGACCUGAAGAGCAGCAACAUUGUGGUCAAGAACAGGAAGGAGUGUGCCCUGUGUGACUUUGGUCUGGCGUUGAGGCUGGAUCUCUCCCUUACAGUCGACGACUACGCCAACAGCGGACAGGUGGGAACAGCUCGCUACAUGGCCCCCGAGGUUCUUGAGUCCAGGGUGAACCUGGAAGACCUUGAGGCCUUUAAGCAGAUGGAUGUGUACUCCAUGGCUAUGGUCCUUUGGGAGAUGGCCUCUCGGUGUGAAGUCAUUGGAGAGGUGAAGAGCUAUGAGCCGGCGUUUGGCUCCAAAGUCUGUGAGCAGCCCUCCGUGGACAGCAUGAGGGAUUUGGUUCUAAGGGAUAGAGGACGACCAGACAUCCCCCCAGCAUGGACGCAGCAUCAGGGGAUGGACAUCUUCUGCUCCACCAUCACAGAGUGCUGGGAUCACGACCCAGAGGCCCGAUUAACGGUUCACUGUGUGGUGGAACGGCUUAACGCCCUGCAGCAGGGUGAGGAGUGGUAGCAUGGGGAGGAUGCAGGGGAGGAGGACAGUUUGGCAGGUGUAAAAGGAGAAGGAACAGAGGAGGUGAAGAGAGGGGGGAAAAGGAGAAACUCAGUACAAAUAAGUAGUUCUCCCCAUUCUCAAUCUCUGCCUUCAUUUAAGGCCAGAAAGAGACAUUACAGAAGAAUCUGGUGAAGAAUUGCAGAGAAGAAAUCUAUGUUUUCCCCCGCACAGACUGAAUGGAAUGCCUUAGUCAUAUGAGCAACUUGGCUUUAAAGAUGCUUAUACAGGGAUGUGCAUAAUCCUUAGCUUGUGGAGAAGCUAGAUUUUUGAGAUCCACAACCCAGUUUUAAACAACUUGUUUUUUGCUUAUUUUGAUUUCCUAUCGUUACCAAUUUGCCAUGCAUUAUAUGUUAAGAUAUCAAGGUAGCCUUGUAAGAUGGGAUCCGUAGAGAACUAGAUUAGCAUUGGGAAAACAUCUCUGGUUAAGUAUCAAAACAUUACUUUGGAGACAUGCCUUGUGAUUCCCCAGACUUCCAUCAGGAGGCUUCCUAUAUGUUCUCAUCUUUUUCAGCAUCUGGAAAAAGACCUUUCACAGUGAUGCUUUGGGGGUUCUGCUCAGAAACCAACACAUCGGUUUUAGGCAAAAAAUCUGUUUCUGUAUCACAUAAAGGCUUUGUGUUUCAGGUGUGUAAGAAGACACACUGCCUUAAGUAAAUAAAUUUCUAUGCAUCUGAUACUCUAGCAUACACAAUAUAAUCUCCAGCCAAGCCAGGCUGUCACAGAGUUGUUUGGACAGUGGUCGAACAGUUCAGCAGUACGAGCAUCACUCUGAGAUGUUUAGAUCAACCAAGACCCUCUCUAAAUCUGGCUGCCCAACUAAACUGAGUAAUCAGGGGGAAAAGGGCUUCAUUCGGAGGAUUGAUCAGGAACUCACCUGUCAUGUUGCAGAUCUCCAGUGUUGCCUUGCAGACACAGAUGAGCCAUUCAGAAGGUCAGCCAUUGCUAACCAAUCAGGGCUUUAUGGUGAAAUGGCCAGAUGGAUAUGGCAGACAGAUAUUUUCCCAUCCCCAAGAAUAUACAUUAAAGGUGGCCAGACCAGGCCAUUAUAAAAUAUUUUGCUUGAAUUGAACGUUUUGUGCCUGAAGGAAAACAGCCACUGCUCAUCACCUGGAUAGUAGUAUUCCUAUUAUCACGCAUGGUGGUGGCAGCGCGAUGCUGUGGGGAUGUUUUUAUUAUUAUUCUGCAGCGGGAAGUGAAUGACCAAUCUGCAUAGAGGGAAAAGAUAACAGCAACCAAAUAUAUUGACAAUUAUCUUCCAGCACAACAAUGACAUGAAGUACAGAGACAAAAUACGAAACUAAGAAGUGGCUUCAGGAGCAAUCUGUGAAUCAAUCCCACGAAAAUCUGAGUUUGCCUUUCCUCAAAAAAUGCUGCUUCAACAAAAUAUAAAGCCAUUGGUAGGAUUACCUAUUGUAUGUGCCCAUUUUUUGUAAAACAAUUCAUUAAACAAACUAAAUGUCUGAAAACAUUUUCAGGUUAUUGCCGUUUUUGUUUGGAUUUUUUUUUUUUUUUAAGGAAAACUACAUUUAAAUUGGUUCUAGAAUAAGUCCACAACACAGAGGAAGGGGUGUGAAGACUUUCUCUCUUACGUCAAACACUAAAUUUGUCCCAGUUCCAUGACUUUUCCAUCAGCACACUAACUGAGAGGGGGGGGGGGGAACUAUGGCUGCUUGUUAUUCAAAACAAACCUCAAAUCUAGUUCAAACUGGAUUUAGCCCUUGGGUUGAUGCUUUCAAAAAAACCUGAUCUGCUGGAGACUGCCCACGAUGAAAAUAAAAGUAGGUGGAUCAGGAUUUGACUUAGCUGACUCCUCCUUUUGGACCUAUGUCCUGCAGAGUGAGCUGCUUUUCACAAACUCACCAAGUCCCUGACCUGAAGUCUACAUCUUCCAGUCUUUGAAAUCAGAGGCCUGAACCAAACCAGUGUUGUUAUUAUGUCGACCCCACACUGUCUGACUUUGGGCCUUUAGCCCCGCUUUUGGCUCAAGAACAAGCGGUUGCUGUUUCUUAUUUAAUGACUGAGCUACCGGCUUGUUCUUCCUCUCUCUCAGUAAAUGUGAGCGCAGCCGCACUUACUCAGUGGAAAGACAGUGUGGUCAUAAAGAGUCUGUUUGUCUUCUAAUUGUAGCCAAAAAAAA